AUGUCUCUAGUCGCGCCAAAUCUCCAGCCGUUAGCGCCGCACGUCUUCCGCCGAUCCCUUCGUGCGCUCCCCCCGAGCGCCCUCCGCGGCCGCCCGCUCACGUUUCCACCGAGCUACGCGCGCGGAAGCUCUUCCCGCCUCGCGCAUUUUCUUUCUCCGCGCGCGGAGCUCUCCACGGCACCUGUGUCGGCGGAAACUGCGCCAGCGGGCGUAUCCGCGGAUGGGACCCGCGCGGAGGCGGAAGAGUUGCGGAGCAGUGGGGCUGGGGAGAGCGGGAAGACACCUAGAGCCGGAACGCUGACACUCACGUCCCAACGCCCUCAUUCCCCCAUGCGCGUCUCCCCCGCCUCCUCCACCUUAUCGCACGACAGGAGUACUGGGCGGGCGUGGGGAGUACUGGGCGGGCGUGGGGUGCGCGGUGCUAUAGCCGAGCAGCACGGAGGAAUACUGGGCGGGAGUGGGGAGUACUGGGCGGGAGUGGGGUGCGCGGUGCUACAGCCGAGCAGCACGGAGGUGGGCGCGGGCACCAUGAAUCCCGCCACGUUCCUGCGCGUGCUGGGUCCCGAGGCGUGGCGAGUGGCGUACGUGGAACCCUCCAUGCGCCCCGACGACAGCCGCUUCGGGGAUAAUCCGAAUCGCGUGCAGCGCCAUACGCAGUUUCAGGUUAUCCUGAAGCCAGACCCAGGCAAUGCACAAGAGCUCUACUUAGGCAGUCUAGCAGCGCUGGGCAUCGACAGCCGGCAGCACGACGUGCGAUUCGUGGAGGACAACUGGGAGUCGCCUGUGCUCGGCGCGUGGGGGCUGGGCUGGGAGGUGUGGCUCGAUGGCAUGGAGAUCACGCAGUUCACCUACUUCCAGCAGGCAGGGGGCAUGCCACUAUCGCCAGUGUCAGUGGAGAUCACGUACGGCCUGGAGCGCAUCAUCAUGAGCCUGCAGGGCGUUGACCAUUUUAAGCGCAUCGCCUAUGCCCCCGGUGUCACCUACGGGGAGCUGUUUCUGGAGAACGAGAGGGAGAUGAGCUGCUUCAACAUGCUCGAGGCAGACACGGAGCGGGUGAAGCGGCGCUUUGAUCUCUAUGAUGCCGAGGCACAGGCGCUUAUCGAUAAGCAGCUGGCCAUCCCCGCGUUCGACCAUGUGCUCAAGACGUCCCAUGCGUUCAACAUUCUGGAUGCCAGGGGUGCUGUUGGGGUGACUGAGAGAGCUCGCUUCUUCGGCCGUAUGAGGAGCCUGGCGCGUCAGUGUGCCCAAUUGUGGGUCGACACGCGGGAGAAGCUCGACUUCCCAUUGGGCCGGGCGGACGCUGAUGUGGCGCAGCCAACAGGCGACACAUGGCCGUCCGCGGAUGUGGCGGCGCAAGACGGAGUGGCGAGUGCGGGCGGCGAGGAGGCGGGGGAGGGCAAGGGGCGGAUACUAGUGGUGGAGAUCGGUACAGAGGAGUUGCCGCCUGAUGAUGUCAGCAGCGCUGUUGCCCAGUUGCAAGCAGCCAUCCCGCCUCUGCUCGCCCGCCUGCGACUCCCGUAUGAAUCAGUGCGUGUGGAGGGCACACCUAGGAGGGUGGCGGUGCAGGUGGGGGGGCUGGCAGCGUGGCAGCAGCGCGAGCAGCGGGAGGUGCGGGGACCGCCUGCGAACAAGGCAUUUGACAAGGACGGCAAGCCCACUAAGGCGCUAGAGGGCUUCUGCAAGCGUAACGCGGUAACCGCGGAGGCGGUAACCACGCGUGCGGACGACAAGGGCGUGGAGUACGUGUGGGCGAGCGUGAGCGAGGAGAGCCGACCCGCGUGGGCGGUGCUGGGGGAGCAACUGCCGGCCGUGAUUGCUGGGAUUGCGUUUCCCAAAACCAUGCGAUGGAACUCCCAGGUGGCGUUCAGCCGUCCCAUUCGGUGGCUGCUGGCAAUGCACGGCAACACGGUGGUGCCGUUCGCCUAUGCAGGGCUGGCGUCAGGCAAUGAGUCAUGGCUGCUCAGGAACGCUCCAGAGACACGAGUGCAGUUACCAUCCGCGGAGGAGUACGCAGCAGCCAUCGCAGCUGCAGGCAUCACCCUCUCCAUCCAGGAGCGUAAAGACGCAAUCUGGGCGGCAAGCAGUGAGCUGGCGGCAUCGGUGGGAGGAAGCAUCCCAGAAGAUGCCAGAGGGGACCUCCUUGCUGAGGUGGCAAACCUGGUGGAGUCACCCGUGCCGCUUCUAGGAAGCUUCGACCGCAGCUUCCUUGACCUACCGCCCGAGGUGCUGGUGAUGGUGAUGAGGAAGCAUCAGAGGUACUUCCCGGUGCAGGACGCAGCUUCCGGGAAGCUUCUUCCGUACUUUGUGGCGGUGCCGAACGGGAAGCUGGACGAAGCGGCAGUGCGGGCCGGGAACGAGUCGGUGCUGCGUGCCCGCUACGAGGACGCGCGCUUCUUCUACAACAGUGACACGGCACAUCCGCUGGAGUCCUUCCGGGAGAAGCUCAAGGGCAUCACCUUCCAGGCGAAGCUGGGUUCCAUGUUGGACAAGAGCGAGCGCAUAGAGGCCAUAACACCGCUCCUCUGCACCGCUCUGCACCUCUCUCCAUCGGACUCCGCUGCAGCGCAGCAGGCAGCGCGGCUGUGCAUGGCAGACCUCGGGACAGCCGUGGUGAUGGAGUUUACAGGCCUGGCGGGGAUCAUGGGGCGACACUACGCGGAGAGAGAGGGAUUGGGGGAGGAGGUAAGCAGGGCCAUAUUCGAGUGUGUGCUGCCACGGUCAGCAGGCGACCAGCUGCCGAAAACAGCCCCUGGCCUUGUGCUCUCCCUCGCCACCAGGCUUGACAGUCUCGUGGGGCUGUUCGCCAUCGGCUGUGAGCCCUCUGCCUCUGCCGACCCCUUUGGUCUUCGCCGCUCCGCAUACGGCCUUGUGGAGGCGCUGGUAGCAAGCAACAUGGACCUGCACCUCUCAACAGCCCUGCAGGCAGCCGCGUCCGUGCAGCCUGUUGAAGUCGCUCCCGCUACCCUGGAGCAGGUGGAGUCCUUCAUAGUGCGCCGCUUGGAGCAGUUCCUGGUGGACCGCGGGGCGGCGGUUGAAGCGGUGCGAAGCGUGCUGGAGGAGCGGGGCUCUGUGCCAGCGCUCGCUGCACGAUCCGUGGCGGAGAUGGAGGAGCUAGAGGCGUCCGGGCAGCUUGAAAAGAUCGUGGCAGCGUAUGCACGGCCAACAAGGAUUGUGCGCGGCAAGGAGGUGGAUGUGGACUGGCAGGUGAGGGAGGAGCUAUUUGAGUCGGACGCGGAGAGGACUCUGUGGGACGCGUUCAAGCACGUGGAUGCGGAGGUCUCCACUGACAUGAGCAUCAAGGCAUUUGCCGAUGCAUCCAUGGCUCUCAUCGACCCUCUUGAAGGUUUCUUUGCGAACGUGUUCGUCAUGGCGGAGGAUGAGCAGCUGCGCAAGAACCGCCUGGGGCUGCUGAGCAGGAUUGCGAGACUGCCGGAAGGCAUUGCUGACCUCACUGUGCUGCCUGGCUUCUAG